AUGGUCCAAAUUACCAACAGAGCCGUUACUUUCAUCAACAACAAGAGUGAGCCGUCGAUUACUUCCCGUGAAAUCAAUUUUGAAACAUGCUACGGAGCCAAGGAAAUAGUUGUCAAGAUUCAUGCUGCGGCGUUGAAUCCAAUUGAUGUUCUGGUGUAUCACGGGGCUUUCCCUUGGCUUGCUGGGAAACAGGAGAAGACGUUUUCCAGAGACUACAGCGGUGAAGUGGUCAAAGUGGGCUCAAAUGUCAAGGGUUUCGAAGUGGGAGAUAAGAUAGUGGGGCUUUUUCAGCACUUUUGGGGGGCCCAGGGCACUCUCAGCAACUAUCUGGUGCUAGACCCAACCGUGCAUUGUGCUGUGGCCAAAGUUCAGGCGGUCGAAGACCCCAAAUACAGCGAUUACGUCGUUAACGCAGCAUAUCCACUCGUGUUUGGAACUGCAUAUCAAGCUCUAACGGGAUACGGACAAAAGCUGGGGCCAGACUCCAGGAUCCUGGUCAUUGGUGCCUCGACCUCCGUUUCUAACGCUUUGAUCCAAAUCGCCAAAAAUCAUUUAAAAGUGGGCACUGUGGUGGGCACUUGCUCCAAAAAAUCGGUCGAUUACAACAAAGCUCUUGGAUUUGACCAUCUGGUUGCGUAUGACGAGGGAAACACGGUGCAAGAGGUCCAGAAACUAGUGAAGAACGAUUUUGGGAACCAGAAAUUCGACCUUAUCUUCGAUUCCGUUGGUAGCAGCGAGUUUUUCCCUCAAAUCAGCGAGAUUUUGAAGGACAAGAGCGAAAAUUCCUACUAUAGCAGCAUCGUGGGUGACAGCAAGUUGAACUACGGUCACGUCUCGCUGACUUCACUUUUGCCCAACUGGGAGACGCUCAGAAGAUGGGGCCCAUUUCGCAAAUAUAACUACAAGUACGUGUUGUUGCGGAAGGACCCGCAGGCCAUGGCCCUAGCAGCCCAGAUGAUAGCUGAAAAGAAGUACAAACCACCCAUCGAUUCUGUCUAUAAGUUUGACGACUUUGCAGACGCCUUCGAAAGGCUAUAUUCGAACCGGGCCAAGGGAAAGGUGGUUAUAGAAGUGAUCUGA